UUCUGUACUCGCCGGUGCGUGCAUUGAAUCCGCGAAACCCAAUUUCCCAUUUCGCUCUCCCCAACAAAUAUAUUUCUUUUUCGGUUAUUUCCUCUUCCAUUUUCGCUCCACUGACCCACAACAAACAGCAUACCCGAAAAAGCUCACAGAAGAAGAGGAAAGACCUCUCCAGCUCUCCUCUUCUCGUCUCGCCGGACGUCGAUGCUGUGGCUCCGGAGCUCAAGUCUGCUCCUCCGAUCGCUCUCCGACUCUUUGACCGUGUGGGCUGCGAUGCCACAACUACCAAUACUUCUAGCCAAUUAGUGGAGAGAAGAAACAGUAUGGGAGGUUGCUGCUGUUCCGCUAAAGGGGCUCAACUGACUGCUCCUGCUGGAUAUAAUUACUGCUCAAGAACAAUAGAGGAGCAAGUGCCUCUACCAGCCCAUGAUGGAAUCCCCCUCAUUCUCUCUUCUGGGCUUUUGGUUGAUACAAAUCUGGACACUUCUAUUCCAGACACUUACAGGUCACCGCCUGCACCUGCGCCAUAUGACAUAGUCUUAGGGCACCCUCAAAAUCCACCAGGGGCUGACAAAGUCUCAGGCGACAAGAGUGAUGCAGCAGCUAAAACAGGUGCUACUGAGGAAACUGCUGCUGGUGAAAAAACUGAAGAUAGUUCAGUCAAGUGUGAUGACUUGAGAUUGCCAGACUGCAAAGAGCAAUCUGAUUUUGAUAUCGAAAAUGAAAAGGAGUUGGAAAGCAAUCCCUCAAAAUCUCUAGAGCCUGUUAUUAUGUCUAUAGAGGAGUGUCCGACCUGUCUAGAAGAGUAUGAUCUGGACAACCCAAAAGUCCUUACCAAAUGCGAGCAUCAUUUUCAUCUUGCAUGCAUACUCGAAUGGCUUGAGAGAAGUGAUACAUGUCCCGUAUGUGGCCAGGAAAUGGUGUUCGAUCCCCCUAUCAGUUAGCAGCAGCAAUUGCGAAUUAUGUUGGACCCUGCAGCAGAAGUUCACUUCUGCAGCAGUUGAAAUUAUGUUUUUGCACAUUCAAGAUUGCGGUUCUGUUCCACUUCUCGUGACUAGAUAGAUAUGUCCCCUGUGAUCAAUUUUGCCUAUGGAGACUGAGUUUUCAUCUCAUAUAUUUGAUUGGUUUAGUCUGAAAGGAGAAAAAGAAUAAGAAAUCAUAGGCUCAUUCUUCACCAUUCACAUGUGUUAUAUCUGGAAUUCAAGGUUAGUCGCUCAAGGUCCUCAGUGUCAAAAAAAAAAAAAAAAAGGAGGAAAUGUUAUUCGGGCAGUUUAGUUUAGUGAAUGCAUCAUCGCUCUCUUGUUGUGAGGUCUAUAGCGCUUUCUUGUUCAUCGGCCUUUAUACCAAAUCAUAGAUUUUUUUUUUUAUUUUUUUUUUACUUACACCUUUUGGUAGUGUCCCUGUUCUUUUAGGGGUGAUAUGAUCAGUGCAGUAUAUACUGAAAGGAUUGGAUUAUUGUCAGAUUAUUUGUGGACAAAGAUCAACACUUUCACAUUAAAGCUUUUAUCGAAUCACGCGGAACAUUCUCCUUUUC